AUGUUGCAUGAUUAUUUAAAUGAGAAUGGGUUUGAACAAAAUCCAGCAGACCACUGUGUAUAUGUCAAACAAUUUGGACAUGAUAGAGUGAUACUGUUAAUAUGGGUUGAUGAUCUAAUUAUCGGUGCCAAUGAAGAAACAGUACUCAAUGACAUGAAGAAAAUGCUUACAGCAAAAUUUGAGAUGAAAGAUCUUGAAAGGAUCAAACAUUUCCUAGGUAUUGAUUUUGAACAAAGUGAUGGUUUGGUAAAGGUGAAUCAAAAGAGAUACAUAUCAAAGAUUCUGGAGAAGUUUAGAAUGACAAAUUGUAAACCCAGAUCGACACCAUGUGAGCAAAAACUAGACCAAAAUUAUCACAAUGAUCCUGUAGAUGCAAGAAAAUAUCGAGAGAUAGUAGGUAGUUCACUGUAUGUUAUGACCUGUACAAGGCCGGAUUUAAGCUGGGUGAUCAGUAAACUGUCACAAUACUUAUCAGAGCCAACAGAACAACAUCUAACCACAGCUAAGCAUGUGAUGAGGUACUUAAAGAGUACUAUUGACUAUGAGCUGUGCUACAAAAAAUUUAGUGAAAACUUGAAACUCGUGUCAUAUAGUGAUGCUGAUUGGGCCUCUGAUGUGAAUGAUAGGAGGAGUAUGACUGGAUACUGCUUUAGUCUAACAAAGAAUGGUCUACUGAUUGCAUGGAAAUCAAAGAAACAGCCCACAGUAGCUUUGUCUUCAUGUGAAGCUGAAUACAUGGUGUUGGCUGCAACUAGACAUGUGCGCGGUCUAAAAAUCUGUUUCGUUUCGUUUCGUUUCGAUUCGUUUUUUUAUUUUUUCGGCUCGGUUCGGUCAAAUCAAUUCGGUAAUGCCUUCUAUUCGUUUCGGUACCGUUCGUAG